GCACAUCUACUGAAACUGUCACUAAAUGUAACCUCUGCAAAGGAAACUAGUGAAUCUGUUUUUGCUCAGCGCAGACUGGGUUCAGUGUGGUUUUGUCUUUCUUCAGACACUUUCCUGCCGAUGUGAGAAGGUUGCCAGAUUCCUGACGUACUCAGAGAUUUUUCAUCUAAUGUUCAAGUUCAUUUUCAACCAACCUCGGAUAAAUAAGUGAACACAAACAUGACCGGUGCAAACUGCAGCGUCCCCUCCCCAGACGACCAAAAUUACGAGUACUACAUGUUUCCUACAGUUUCUAUCAUCGCACUGAUCAUUGGUCUUCCUGGAAAUCUAGCUGCUCUGUAUUACUUCACCUUCAAGAUAAGCUCACGCUCAGCUUUUAGUGUUUAUAUCACCAACUUAGCUGUGGCGGACAUUAUGAUCUUGUGCACUUUGCCAUUUCGAAUCCACUACUACCUGAACCAAAACAACUGGAUUUUUGACGCCAUUGCUUGUAGGAUUAUUGGGACGUUAUUCCACGCUGGGAUGUAUAUGAGCAUCUGUUUCAUGACUUGUAUAUGCGUGGAUCGCUACAUGGCAACCGUCCAUCCGCAUGUCUAUCUAAAAUUACGCAAAGUUUGGAGCGCCAUUGUGGUUAGUAUCUUGCUUUGGUGCAUCGUUGGAGUGGCCAUGCUCGUUUUUGUCCUAAUGGGUGAACUGAAAACGAAACAGCGAGAAUCAGGACGCUACAGCUGCUUUGAAAAUUUCGACCAAAAAGAAUGGAAAUCACGUUUAACAGCGUUUAGCGUCUUUUGCUUAAUUUUUGGGUCUCUGGUGCCCUUGGUCGUUAUCCUAGUUUGCUAUCCAGCUGCGGCAAAACGGAUUUCGAAGAUAAAAACCAAAAUAGCGCAAAAAGCAGUUGGGGUAAUCUACGUGAUACUUGCCAUUACGGUGUUAUGCCUUCUGCCUUAUCACCUCAUCUAUCUACUACAUGUUUUAGGACAUAGUGAAGUCAUACAAAACUGUUCCGCCAUAAACGCCAUUCACGUUGCACGGCGGGUAACCAUCGCUCUAGCCACCUGUAACACCUUUCUGGACCCUGUGCUCUACUACAUCACCACUGGACACUGCAAAUGGCUAGCAAUUAAACUGUUCAAGAGGAAGAGGAUAACGAGGAAAAGGGGAGUCUAUGUGAUAAAUAUGACAUAAGUAAGCAUCAACCGACAAGGAGCUGUGCCCAUCUCAUGCAAAAUAAACUUUUCAGAGCUUUCUACCUUCUAAGAGUGAUGUCUGGGCCUUGUAUAUGUUGCCAAAGUGGUUUUUAGAUUGAUUUGGUGUUUUUUUAAACAAAUUGCAGCAUAUUUCUGCCACCCUCCCACGUGACAACGAACUAAAGCUGCUGCAAUGAUGACGCAGCAGCUACACCUAUGACGUGUUUGACGUAGCAGAAAGCGCUUCGCAUCCGCCCCCAUCCCUCACUCCACCGCUCCUGCCCCGCCUCCACCCCGACAAAAGCGACAGCCUAAGUUAAAUGUUCUACACUGCAGUGUACACGAUAUAAUAAGUUUAUCUACUAGUGUUUAUUAAUACUUUACAAAUCAGUAAUGUUCAGCUGAUGUGGACGCGGUGCUUGAGCUUCGUGCACCUCAAAGUCCUCGUCCGAUUCUGGGUCCAACACAUGCGGCUGAACGCGCUGUAUCUCCAUGAUGAAUAAAAGUUUAUUCCUACCACUAUCAGGGUGCACGCCUGUCUCCCCCUCCCUCCCUGAGAUGGGCGGAGGAACAGUUGUCGGCCUUUCAUAGUUCCUGAUCUGUGAUGCCUCCAAGAAAUCAGUAAUAUUGUUUAUGUGCAGAAGAUACAAUGUGAAAAGAGUUAUUUUGCAUGAGAUGGGCACUUUAAGUUUCAGUUUUGAGUUAUAUCACGGCUCCUAACUAAAACCUCAAUUGGGAAUGUGAAAAGUCUGUUCCCUGUCUGUAAAUAUCUCUGUAAAUAUUAGUAAUUUCAGCGUUUUAUAUGAAGCUAGUUUUCAUUAAUAGUGAUAACAUGUGACACUUUAAAUAUUGUAAAUACUGUAAUGUUCCUUAAAUGUAAAAAGGUAAGGACUCUGGUGUAAUUUAUGUAGAAAAAGUGUUUAAUGGAGUUGAUUUUUUUUACAUCAAAAUAGGAUCUUUUGUAACUGUUAUUUUCUUCCUAACCAG